AUGUUUCCUAUCAGAUUUAUUCGUUCCUAUUCAACUGGACGAACACGUGAAAUAAUUAAAUUUUAUUAUGAUUUUAAAUCGCCAUUUAGUUAUCUAGCAUUAGAACCAGCAUUACAAUUAGAAAAAGACUAUCCGGUUCAAAUACGUUUUAUUCCAUGGCGAUUUCGAGCUGAAGAAACAUUUGGCGGAACCGUGGAACAACGAGAUAAACGUAAUUGGGAUAAAAUUCGAUAUGGCUAUUCAGAAUGUCGACGUUUUGCUAAUGAACGUGGCCUUAUUAUCCGUGGGCCACAACGGAUAUUUGAUUCAAGUAUGUCAUUAAUUGCUGGCUUAUAUGCUGAUAAAAAUCAAUUUUUUGAUCCGUUUGCUUCUCGUACAUUUGAAUUAUUUUUUAAACGUCAAUUAAAUAUUGAAAAUAUAGAUGAAAUUAUAAAACUUCUUUAUGAAACAUCAAGAAAAGAUAAAACACUUGAAGAAUUUUCUCAAGAUUUUCAAAAUUAUCUUAAUAAUCAAGGUCAACAAGAUUAUUUAAAUGCAGAAAAAGAAGCUGAGCAAGAUCAUGUAUUUGGUGUACCAAUGUUUAUUAUACGUGAUGAACCAUUUUGGGGGUAUGAUAGACUUUCAUGGGUUAGAAAAACAUUAGAUUCGCUUAAUUUAUAG